CAUCCUCAUCUUUUUACAUGCAUGCUUUUAUCCUUCUUGUCUUGUGGUGUGGCUUGUUAGUCACCUCUGUUGUUGGCGGGAAUAAUGAGACAGACCGGUUAGCAUUGCUUGAGUUUAAAGCCAAGAUCACUAAUGAUCCUCUCCAGGUUAUGAGCUCUUGGAAUGACAGCAUCCAGUUUUGCCAAUGGCGAGGGGUCACCUGUGGUCGUCGACGUCAGAGGGUCACUAUGCUGAACUUGCACUCUUCAAAAUUGGUAGGCUCUUUAUCACCACAUGUUGGUAAUUUAAGUUUUUUGAAGGGUCUAACACUCCAAAACAACAGCUUUCAUAACGAAAUCCCUCCAGAAAUUGGCCGUUUACACAAAUUGAACUUCCUGUAUUUGAACAAUAACACACUUAGUGGCAAAAUUCCAACUAGUAUAUCCGGUUGCACCAACCUCAAAUACAUUGUUGUCAGUCGCAACCUUUUGAAUGGGGAAAUCCCUGCAACUCUCGGCACUUUGUCAAAACUCCGAUUUGCUUCUUUUGAAUCAAAUAAUUUGAUAGGAAAUAUCCCACCUUCUUUAGGGAACUUAUCCUCUCUAGAAGUGUUUGGUACACAUUCUAAUAACUUGAGUGGGAGUAUCCCUACUUCUUUUGGCCAAUUAACAAGACUAACAUUUUUUGGUGUCAGUUUAAAUAUGUUGUCUGGAAGAAUUCCUCCCUCAAUCUUCAAUUUGUCUUCGUUAAAAACAUUUGAUGUAGGAAGCAACCAAAUCCAACAGCAUCUUCCAUCGGACAUAGGUAUCACCCUACCAAAUAUCAAAAUAUUAAGCAUUAUCUUCAACCAAUUUACUGGACCUAUUCCUAUUUCAAUAUCUAAUGCCACAAAUCUAGAGGUACUUCAAUUGACCGGAAAUAAACUAAGAGGCAGAGUUCCUUGUUUGGAGAAGUUAAAUAGAGUUUCAAUUUUUGUCUUGGGCUCAAAUGAGCUUGGAAAUGGAGGGGCAAAUGACUUGAAUUUUCUCUGUUCUUUGACAAAUGCCACAUUUCUGUUUGCAUUGGGAAUAAAUGUCAAUAACUUCGGGGGAGAGUUGCCCAAGUGCAUUGUCAAUUUCUCAACUACUCUCACCAUAUUGAAUUUGGAUAAUAAUAAAAUAUCAGGAAACAUUCCUAUUGGGAUAGGAAAUCUAACCAAUUUGGAGAGACUAGAGAUGUGGAACAAUAAAUUAUCAGGUUAUAUUCCCUUUGAAAUUGGAAAGCUUCAUAAAUUACAAUUUUUGGCUUUAUCUUACAACAAUUUCUUUGGGAACAUGCCGUCCUCGCUUGGAAAUUUAACUCUAUUGAUAAAGUUAUAUUUUAAUGAUAAUAAUCUUCAAGGAAAUAUCCCCUUAAGCCUAGGCAAGUGUCAAAAUGUGAACACUUUGAAUCUUGCCAAUAACAAUCUUAGUGGUACUGUAUCAUCUCUUCUUAGUAUUCUCUCAUUCUCACCAAUUGGUCUAGACUUGUCGGGCAACAAAUUUACUGGUUUUAUUCCCAUGGCAGUAGGAAAUCUCAAAAAUCUAGAAAUCUUGGAUAUUUCUGAAAACAUGUUGUUUGGUGAAGUUCCUACCAGUCUUGGUAGCUGUGUAAAACUAGAAGUUCUAAACAUGAGAAGAAACUUCUUCCAAGGGGUCAUUCCUUCAUCUUUGGAAUCAUUGAGAGGCCUUGAAAUUUUAGACCUUUCCAAUAACAAUUUAUCUGGAAAGGUACCAGCAAAGGGAGUUUUCAAGAAUACAAGUGCAACUUCAAUUAAGGGAAAUAUUGAGCUAUGUGGAGGCAUGCCUAUGUUCAAGCUUCCUAUAUGCAAAUACAAUAAAUCCAAGAAAAGGCAGUUGACUCAUUCCUUGAAGAUAAUAAUCUCUGUACUUUCUGGGCUUUUUGGAGUAACUUUGGUGAUUUCAUUACUACUUCUCUUUUCUUUUAAAAGAAAGAGGAGAGAAAGUACUUUAAAUAAUUCACAAAAUUUUCUUUUGAAUGUAUCUUACCAAAGUCUUCUAAAAGCUACAAAUGCAUUCUCCUCCACUAAUUUAAUUGGUGUAGGAAGCUUUGGAUCUGUGUAUAGAGGAGUUUUUAAUCAGGAUAGACAUAUAGUUGCAGUCAAGGUACUCAACCUUUUGGACCGUGGAGCUUCCAAGAGUUUCAUUGCUGAAUGUGAUGCUUUGCGAAAUAUCAGACAUCGAAAUCUUGUAAAGGUACUCACAGCAUGUUCAAGUGUUGACUAUCAAGGUCAUGAUUUCAAAGCAUUGGUAUAUGAGUUCAUGAGUAAUGGCAACCUAGAUGAGUGGUUGCAUACAAUUGCAAGAACAAAUGAGGCUCUUGAGGAACAAAGGAAUUUGAAUAUUCUUCAAAGACUAAAUAUUGCCAUUGAUGUUGCAAAUGCAUUAGAAUAUCUUCAUCAUUAUUGCCAUACACCAAUUGUUCAUUGCGACCUUAAGCCUAGCAAUGUUCUUCUUGAUGAUGAAAUGAUUGGACAUGUGGGGGACUUUGGCUUGGCAAAGUUCCUUCUUAAGGCCUCCCAAGAUUGUUUCACUAAUCAAUCGAGCUCUAUUGGAUUAAGAGGGACUAUUGGUUAUGCUCCUCCUGAAUAUGGCAUGGGAAAUGAGGUGUCAAUUUAUGGUGAUAUCUACAGUUAUGGCAUAUUAUUAUUGGAGAUGUUCACAGGAAAAAGACCCACUGAUAACAUUUUCAAAGACAACUUGAACCUUCAUGAUUUUGUUAAAGGAGCUUUGCCUGAACAAGUGAUUAACAUCGUGGAUCCAAUUAUUCUUUGGGAAAGAGAGGAUGUGGAAACAAGGACAAAUGAUACUCACAUUCAAAAUCAAAUAGGAACCCCCAAAAUUCAAGAGUGCUUGAUUUUGAUAUUUGGAAUUGGAGUUUCUUGUUCUAUGGAAUCUCCAAGAGAAAGGAUGAACAUUUAUGAUGUUGUGGCUCAAUUGCAUUUGAUUAGAGAAAAGCUCCUUGGAACUAGAAUACGCCGAGAAAGGCUUCAAAUUACAGAGGUGGACGAAGCAAAUGACAAAGUGCAGCUGACGGCCUUUAAAGCUGGGUUGAAGUCUAAGGAGUUUGUGGUCUUGCUCGCGAAGAACCCCCUGCGGAUGAUGGCGGAGAUGCUCUUGAAAGCUCAGAAUCACACAAAUGCUGAAAACGCUUUAGUGGCAAUUGAAGAAGUCGAAAAGCCUAAUGAGAGGGAAAGAAAGGGAGAUGAUUGCAGAGGACAGAAAAAGGAGUGGGUAGAUCAUCAAAGUACUAACGAGAACAAUAGGAAAGACGAUAAAACUCCUCGCAUGUUGAAGGUGUCCCCCGAGAGGCUACGUCCCUUUGACUCCCCCCUCAUCAACUUCACUAGAGAUGAAGUGUAUCCUAAGGGCAUAGUGACACUAACAAUCACAGCGGGAGCUUACCCGAGACAAUUGACUCAUCAAUUGGACUUCCUGGUAGUAGACUAUCCAUCCUCCUACAAUUUGAUCAUCAGGAGGCCCAUACUCAAUCGUUGGAAGGGAGCCACAUCCACUUAUUUCCUGAAGGUAAAAUUCCCAACAGAAAAUGGCAUAGGCGAGGCAAAAGGAGAUCAAGUGGUGGCCAAGGAGUGCUACCAGGCUGUGUUAACAGCAAAAGAAAACCAUACGUGGAUGAUCGAGGAGAAAAAAGAAGAGAAAGUGGAAGCCCUGGAGACAGUAAAGUUGGUCGAUAGAGACACAGCAAAGACGACCAAGAUAGGGAUGACUUUGAGUCCUGAGAUGAAGUCGAGACUAGUCUAG